GCAUCGCCUACGGGCAGUACGCGAUGUUACUUGAGUCUUAGUAUCGCGCCGGACGUUGGUCAAACUCUUUGUCCGUAACACUUGUUAAAUUAUCACAACAUAUUGUUUAUAAUUUAAAAAAAAAAAUACUAGAAAAAAUUCAUUAUUAGCAAAAAAAAAAAAAAAAAUCAAAAAAUUUUUUUUGAAACCGAUAAUUUUUUACCUUUGUCGGAAUUUUUUACCUGCUACCUGCACUGACAUUAAACAGGUUAAAUUCCAGGUAACAGCGUCGCCAUGGGUUACGUCUGUUGUGCCAUGGAAAUUUUGUUUGUGUAAAAUGUUUUUUGUUACAAAAAUUUAAAAUUUUUUUAAGCUGUUUAAAAAAUCUACAAGUGAUUUUUUUAGUAAUAAAUUUUUUGAAUUUUUUUUUGUUUGGUGACUGAGUGAUAGUUGGAUAGGAUUAUGCACGGAAUAUUUUUAAUUGGGGUCUGCUCGUGAUUUUAUGGAGCGAUCCAAAGAACAGUGAAAUGACACGCAGAAUUAAUGUUAGCUUAACAAUAUGGACAGGUGUACUAUUGCUGUUAUUAACAACAAAAUCUCAAUCACAGACAACAGUAGAGUCCAUAACACCAGAAAUCAUAAGCAAAACAACAGAAAACACGAAAGAUUACAAAUUACUAUCAGGAAACAGUACAACAAUCUUACGUAAAACGUUAGCCGAUCAAGAAGUUGAUGUGUUCGCGCGUUUGCCAGCCUUGAAAAAUGAUAGAGAACGUCAAACACCUUUCCAUUCCUCCACAGCUAAAAUAACUACUGAAUCUAGUGUUGAUACACGUGACUCAUUACAAUCCAAUAUACAAAAUAACCAAAGAAAAUUUAAUUAUCAAGAUAAAUAUUCAAAUUUAAACAAUAAUAGUUAUAGUAAUAAUAAUAAUAAUAAUAAUAAUAAUAAUAAUAAUAAUAAUAAUAAUAAUAAUAAUAAUAAUAAUAAUAAUAAUAAUAAUAAUAAUAAUAAUAAUAAUAAUAAUAAUAAUAAUAAUAAUAAUAAUAAUAAUAGUAGUAAUAAUAAAACAACAACAAAGUUACAAAAAAUUGAUUUACUGAAGACUGAUAAAAAUGAUAAAAUUAAUAGUUAUAACCAAUCGAAGAAACAUUUUUUUGAACAAUUAAUUUCACCAAAUGGGCAUAAAAUUGUUGACAUAAAUAGCCAUGAGUUGUCGGAACUAAAUGUUGAUACAGAUAACGAAAAUGAUGAAGAUAAUUUUGAAGAGGAAUUAGAAUCACGUGAAGCAACAACACCUAGAGUAAUUAAUGAUUAUGGUGGUGUUUCGCUAAUUAAUGAUACUCAAGUUAAUUACAAAGGCCAGAAGAAAGAAAUCCACGAAGAUGCUGUCAUGAUAAACAAUAAGAAUAAUAAAGUGAAUAAAAAUAAAGUUGAGAAACUGAAAAAUUUUGAUGAUCAAGUUGAGAUAAUAAAUACUUCUGCUACGAAAUUGAAUAAUCUUGAAGGUAUUGAGCGGAUUCAGGUACAGAAAUUGCCAUCAGAUUUCAACGAAACGGAAAUUACCGAUUAUAAAACGGAUAAAGUUUAUGAUGAUGGAAAAAAUGUUGAGAAAACUGAAGCUAAAAGUAAUUAUGAAAAAAUAGAUGACAAAGCGGUUGAUAAAAAUGUCGACAAAGAAAUUGAAGAAAAAGAAGUAAAGGAAGUUAUUAAAAAUGGUGACAACUUGGAUGAUAAUUUAGAUAAAGAAAUAGACAGAAUUAAAAAUAGAGACAAAGAAAUUGAUAAAAAUGAUGAUGAAGAAAAAGAGUUAGCGCCAAAAGGUCGCACGAUAUCAUUUGGUGGUGCCAAUCGGUUCAGUAGUACAGAAGAGAAAGCUAUUGGUUUUACAAAAGAAAAUACUGAUGUUAAUUUAACAAAAGACUUUAAGCCGUAUCCUUAUUUUAAAACAUCACCAGCUGUCACGGCUAAUAAUUCAGCUGUUAAUCUUAUAAAUGAUAAAAAAUCAACUAGUAUUAAUUUUAAUAAAGAAACCGAUGAAAUUUAUACCUUUGAAAAUACGAUCAAUAAGAACAAAGAGGAUGAUAAAAAAUUACUCAUUACCGAAUCUUCGAUUAUAAAUAAUAACAUCCAAACAAAACCAGUUAAUUUGAAACGUUCUAGUAAUGCGACUAAAAUAUUGACAGAUUCAUCAUUAUUAUCACCGUCAUCCUCUUCAAUGUCGUCAGUUACUGUCAAAUCUAUUCCUGCAGCAGUAAUAAAUACAACAUUGAAUAAUAAUGAUAAUUUAAAACUAAAGGAUAAUGUCAAUGACAUUCCUCGUAAUCCCGAAGAAGUAAUAGAACGUAAAAGUGCACUAGAUUUAAGUAGCAACGGUUUAAAUGUUGAAAAUAUUGAUAAAAAAAAUUCAACAUUGACGGAAUUGGUGACAAGCGAAAGACCAAUUAUUGAAACAACAGAGAAUUAUUUAAAUAUUAAAAAUACAACUGAAUAUAACAUUGAAAAAAUAAAACCAGACAGUGAAAUUACGACAAUAAAUGCAACAGAAUCAAAUGAUAAAGAUAAAACCAUAAACGAUACAACAAAUUAUAAACUAACAACAAGUUAUAUUAAAAAACCCUUAGAGACAAUUAGUUUAAACUCUUCUUCGUCUUCCAUAAAACCCGAGGGGAUUCAAUUAAUUUCAACUUCUCCUCCAACAUCUCCAGCACCGUCGUUUGACGUCGACGAGAACGUAACAACUUCCGGCAUCACGACAAAUAAAUUGGAAAUAACGAGUACGAUAAUGUCGGAAACAACUUUAUCGCCAGUAACAUCUACCACUAUGACGAUGUCGAAUACUACGUCGAAAAACUUUUCCAGCUCAGAGACAUUGACAUUUAAUUCAAGCGGACGUGGAAUCGAUUUACCUGAAAGUACAACCUCCGCUGUUGAAUAUGAGUUUGUUGGACUUAAUGACACUACUUCAUCAACAUUUGUCAGUAAUAAUGAUGAUAAGAAUAUUUCAACGACAUUGCUGCCGGAUUUAUUUAAUAACACGUCAAUAAAUAAUACAAUGGAAAUGAAUACAACUGAAAGUACUACGAGAGAUUCAAAGAGUACUACUGAUGAAUUAUUAACAACAACAGAAAGUAUUUUAACAGAUACUACAAGUUAUACAACUAAAAAUUUCGAUUACUCAAGUACUGACGACACAACAAAUUCAGAUACCGAAGGUACGACGAUUGGUAUGGAAUUAAAUGUUACGAAAGAAUUAAAUAAUGAUAAUGAAACAAAUAAUUUAAAUAAUAUUUCGUCGACUACCGAGUCGUUAUUAACAACUGAAAUAAUUGACAAUGAUAAUAAUAAUAGUAGUAUGACGAGUCCAGUGGAAACGACAGUAGAUGAAUUAAAUACAACAACGAUGAGUACAUUGAAUGUGACAAGUUCAACGGGAUUAAAUGCUGACGAGAUGACAAGCACUAAAAUAGAGAGUAAUAAUAGUAUGGUUGUUACAAAUAUUGAAGAUAAUAUUACUACUACAGUUGGGUCAGUUCAAGUUGUCACUGAGGACGACGUACAACGUUUUACUCCUGGAGAUGUCACUUUACUUGUCAGAAUAGUCGUCGAGGGCACUUGGUCUGACAUUUGUCAACAUUUACCUGCACUCAAACAAUCACUUGCUAAUUUACUAACUGUUGGAAUGGAAAAGCCGGUCUCCGCGAGCCAAAUAAUAUUUCAAAAAAAUCCCUGCACUGAAAUUGCUGCCAAAAAUAAUCCAAUAGAGUUAAUUUUAUCGACAAUUCUUCUGUAUGUUAUUGAUGAAAAUGGUAAUUUUGACGCAACAAUGACGCAGAAUCUGCCAAAUUUGUACAGUCAACGACCGUUCGAAUCUCUUUUGACUAUUCGCAGUUUCCAAUUAGUACAAGAUGGAGAUUCCGGAAAUGCUAUUGCAGUUAUAGUGGUUUCUUGUGUGGCUUUUGUAUGCCUCGUUCUCUUAGCCAGCUUACUUUUUAUUAUGAGAAAGCGUCAAACGAGAUUUAAUUACGGGGAAAGAUGUCGACCAGUCUCUUUAGAUGCUUACAGUUUGGACAGCGUUUCAGCUUAUAAUAGUGUUAGGCGUAAAGGGGCUGCACGAGCGUCUAAACGUAGCUAUGGAAACCCAACUUUUGAAGAUUCUACGGUAAUUCCAUCACAUCCAUUAAAUUUUGCUGGUCUAUCGGCAUUCUGUAAUGAACAAAAUGCAAUAUACGAGGAGUUCACAGGCAUACCACAGGUUUCAGCGCGCAUAGAUGAAUUACCACCUGGUGCGGAAGUUAAAAAUAGAUACGCAAAUGUAGUGCCUCUACCAGAGACACGUGUGCCUCUUAUGAAAAUCAACAAUGAUCCACUGAGUGAAUACAUCAAUGCAAGUUACGUACGCGGCCCUAAAAACGCUACUAAAUAUUACAUUGCGUGUCAAGCGCCAAUGGAGUCGACAGUAACCGAUUUUUGGCGAAUGAUAUGGGAACAACAGUCUAAAGUAAUUAUUAUGCUUACCGAUCUCAUUGAAAAUGGUGUAGAUAAAUGUUCCGAGUAUAUACCGCCGUCGGAAGUUACCGAUUGCCAUCGUCUUUACGGAGACUAUCAAGUGACAUUAAAAAAACGAGAGACCAAAGAGAAAUAUGCGAUUUCUACAAUACAUUUAAAGAAUUUGGAAAAUAAUACUUAUAGAGAAGUAUUUCAUAUUUGGUAUUUAUGGCCAGCAAAUGGUGUUCAAACAGAUGCAGCUGGACUAAUAGCAAUAUUACUAGAAGCGCGUGCACUACAAAGAGGUGGUCCUGGGCCAAUUGUAGUUCAUUGUAGCCCAGGAACCGGUAGAACUGGUACACUAAUUGCUCUAGAUUUGGGUAUUAGACAGUACGAAAUAACGCGAACUGUAGAUGUACCGCGAGUUGUUUACACUAUACGGCGAGAUCGAGCUGGUGCUGUACAAACUAAAGAACAAUAUGCUUUUAUCUACAAGGCAUUAAAUUUAUACGCCACAAAACUUGCUGGUGGAGGUUUAGAAUCCACUUGAUAAAAGAAAAUAAUAAACUAAAUAAACAUCGAAUAAUUAACAAAUAAUUAAUCAACGUCAAGGAAACACGAUCUAAGUCAAUAAAUAAUCAAGUAAUUAAUUAAUUAUUAAACAUAGAGUUGGAUGAUUUAUAUUAUUACGGAUAAUAACAAUUGAUAGUAAUGUGUUUAUGAUUAAUUGAUAAUCGAUUACAUACAAUGGUUAUAAUCCCCGACUAUUCGUAUGAUAAAUAUCUACCUAGGUACUUUUUUAAGUAUCUAAUUAAUAAUAAUAAGAAUAACAUAUAUUUUAUGUGACAAUUAAACGCGCAAUGCCAAAUUAGUUUAUACGAUUUAUGUAUGCGCGUAUUUAAUGUCUCGUAAUUAUAAAAAUGAUAUUAUAAAUCUAUAGUAUUUUACAUACUCACGUAUUAAUAUUAUUAGUAUUUAUAUAAUUUGUGAGGAUUUAAAAAUACAAAUAAUUAAUAUAAAAAAAAAAAAAAAAAAUCAAAGUGAGAUUUAAAUUAAUGCUACAAUUUUUUAUUUUGUUAAAAAUUGUUUCAUUUAUUUUUUUUUUUAGUAAAAAAAAAUGAUAAGGAAUCGAGAUUAAUUAGAAAAAAUUUUAAUUUAUUUAUUUAACGAGGUGUCAAAUUACGAUACUACUGUACUGUUUCUUUUACUGUUCAAUUGUCUGAAGAAAUGUUAUUAGUUAUGAAAAAUUACUGCCUAUUGUAAUGUUACAUAGAUAGUGUGUGAAAUUGGUGAGAGGAGUCAAUUAGACGGGUUUAGUUUUCUGUAAUUUUGUAGAAGAAUAUAUGAGUUGAUUGCAAUUUUUUUAUUGAUAAUAAUAUUUGGGUACUGCAUAAAUUUUUACCGUUUCUUUGUCGGCUAAAAUUAUAUUACUGUGUUCUGUUCUGUUGUCUACGAAUGUAAAUGUACAGGGGAAAUUGUCUACGCAAUUUAUUGCAUACAUUCAGUGACGUUCUGAAUACUAAUCGAUGUUGUUUUAUUUAACAUUCUUUAAAUUUUUCCGUAACAAUUACAAAAAUGGAUACGAAAGAAGACUCGUAGGCUCUCUAAAAAAUUGAAUAAAUAGAAAACAAAAAAAUUAUCGAGGCCCAUCUUCUUUUGGAAGAACCGAAAAAAAAUUUGAAAUUUACAAAAGUGUAAAUUAAUUGGCGCCUUGAAAUUUGUAAAAUAAUUGGAGAGCAUUUUUUUGAAAAGCAACUGGGUUGUAAAUUCCCAGAAUAAUCACUAAAGAAAAUUACCUGAUAAGUGAUUAAAUCCAAAUAAAUCUUUAUAAAAUAAUUAACAAUUAUUUUCUUCCAAUAGAAAUAAGAAAAAUAUUUUUAAAUACCAUCGAAUUUUUAUUUAUUUUUUAAAAAUAUUUGUUAGAUUUUUUUUGUAAUGCCCAUUAUUUUAGUCGCUGAUAGUUGAACAAAAUUAAUUUUUAAAAACGAAAUCCAGUUAUAUUUUUUUUCUAUAUAAACUACUAAAAUAUCACACCACUUUAUAGGGUAGAGGUGCCGUUUUCUGUCACCUUAGGACCAGUUUUGAAUACUCGAAAAAUUCAAAUAAAAUAAGUUGUAAAAGACGCAAUAACUAUUAAUUUUAAAAAUGUGUUCAAAGAUACUUUUAUCCCACUAUUAAAAUACUUUACUUUAUACUUUUUCAUUAAUUAAAAUAAAGCAUUAAAUGUCAAAAAAUGGAACAGUGGCCAUAAAUGCUACUUCUGCUCUUUCAACAAGAAUUUUAAAAAACUGAGCUCUAUCAAUCCAUUUACACUAGACAAUUAAACAGUAAAAAAUUUUAUUGAUCUUCCUCAUUUAAUUAGAAAAAAUUAUUUAUUAGAAAAUUUAUAGCAAUUGGAAUAAGAAAAAAAAUUGAUAAAAAUACUCGUUAUAAUUCGAUUAUUGUUAUGAAGUAUUAAAUAAUUAUUAUAAGAAUUACUAUUAAUAUUUUUGGACUCUCUAUUAAUUUUUUUAUGUAAAUAUUUGAAAUUACCAGGCGUUAA